AAGAGGGGGAUGGGUGACGGUGAUAGAGAGAGCAAGAGAGAGAGAGAGAGAGAGAGAGGAGAGACUGAUUUUCAUAGGACAACAGCAUUAUUGGUGCAGCUAGAAACAGGCUUUUCAGGUAUAACCCAAAACAUUUACCAACACCCUUGGGGUUUCUAGACAGUUGCAACCAUACAUACAGCAAACAAGUGAGAUCAAAGCCACUACGUAGUGAUCUCAUAGUCAGCGGUACGAAAGGCAAUGCUCAUCAAAAGCACUGAUGAAGCAGUUACUUCUACUUCAGCUGCUGUUUCUACCCACUCUCGUCUGGCCUGACGUCAACAAGACACUUCCUUCCUGUUUCGUGCAUGGUGUGUCUACAGUGAGAGAUAAGGGAGUGCAGCUAGAGCAGACAUGGAAAGAGAGAGAAAAUGUUGUUUACAGAGUCUGGAAACAGCACGGUGACGGCUGUGAAGGGAACGGAAAGCAAAUGUUAGUAGAUACUGUUUUGAACUGGGAUGUAACAUUUACUCUACGUUUUCAUCUGUUGAUCAGAAGGGGUUGAGAGUUCCGGUCCUGUAUCACCAUUGGCAACAACUUCAGUCAGCCAGCAUCGAAGUGAACCCACAAGUGCUUCUUCGAUGGUAUUGCAACAUGGAUCUUCAGACAGACCGCCCUUUAUUAGGCCUUAAAGGGGCCUGCACGCUGAACUAGGCCUUUUGGAACUGUAACUAGUCUCUGUACCCUGGAAAAGGCUUGCUGUGAUGACACUAUAGAACUCCCACUCGUGUUCAUUAUGGCCGCUGUAGUUCAGCAGACCGAGAGCGCCUGGGAGGGUGCAAGCAAGCAAGAUGACGACAGUUUGCAGCUGGCAGAUCCAUCAACUUUCCCAGCGGUAAUUGUGGAGCAAAUGCCACACACCCACCUCCUCAACUACUCGGGGCUGACUUGUGAGCAGCCAUUGACAGGUGGUCACCUAGAAACAGGGCUGGAGCAAGAGACUGUGGAGGACCUACAGCAACUGACAGUGGAAGCAUAUCAGAGUGGUAAUGAGGAUACUGUGGAGACGGCAGAAGCUGCAGAAGCCUUGCUGAAUAUAGACUCAUCAGGUCCACUGUCCCUGGAUGAGAAACAUUUCUCUCACAUAUUUUUGACCUCACCUCUGGGAGAUGGUGCCCACAUUCUGGCGGAUAGUUUUGUUGGACAGCAACAGCGGUUUCAGAAAGGCAUCAUAGAGGAAAACAAGCCAAAGGCUAAGAGAGGUAGAAAACCAAAACGACCAAGGCCACAUUCACCAAUGCCUGACAUUACUGUUAAGAAAAGCAAGGACAGCAAAGGAAAUACAUUGUACCUUUGGGAGUUCUUGAUUGCUUUGCUGCAAGACAGGAAUGCCUGCCCCAGGUACAUCAAGUGGACCAAUCGGGAAAAGGGCAUAUUCAAACUUGUGGAUUCCAAGGCUGUGUCUCAGUUAUGGGGCAAACACAAAAACAAACCUGACAUGAACUAUGAAACAAUGGGAAGAGCACUGCGAUACUACUAUCAGCGUGGUAUCCUGAAUAAAGUUGAGGGACAGAGACUGGUGUAUCAGUUUGCAGAGAUGCCAAAAAACAUUGUCUACAUAGGAGAUGACGAUGACAGCAGCGGUGGUAAAGAUAAUGGCGUUCAAAAUGAGGAUGAUGAACAUCCCUCCAGUGACCAGAGCUUUAACUGCUCCCCUCCCCCCCAACCAAAACUGUUGCCUUCAAACAAAGUGCCCUCUCAGACCACAAAAGGCCGUACGAUGGUCAACGGUAGCCAGCGUGGAGCGGUCCAGCAUGGUGUUGACGCAACAGGCACCACCAGGGCCGCUCGUCCGUUAGGUCUUAUCCAGCAACAACAUCUGCCCAUUGUUUCUGCUGAGAUGUUGAGGACUCUCCAGAACGUUCAGUCCAUCCAGCCAGGUCAACAUGGUUCAGUCUUUCGCACUGCUCAGCUAUUGGAGAGCCUCCGUGAGAAGCAAGCGACCAUGGAAGUACAACCGGAACAGCUGGAGGUUCAGGCCGGCGAGGGGCAGGCAGACAGCCAGGCUACUCAAAUUGUUACGCUGCAGCUGGUUCCAGUAACACCCACUGAACAAGGAAUGGAUGGGUCUGUGUUAACCUCUCCUCAGUUCAUUAUGCAAGCCAUUCCAGACUCCGAGGAGGUAACCCUUGUUUUGCAGGAUGUUGCCUUGGACGAGUCUUCGUCGAAUCCUAGCCAAGAUGAACCCACCCACUGUGAGGUGGUAACAACCUCUACUUCAGGGUCAGGUGGUACCAGUACCUCAGUGGUGACGUUUGUUGGAGGAGGGCAGCAGCUGGUGACUCAGCCUCCUGGUACUGUUAUCCAUUCCGUUGUCACGGCAACAGAACCAAAACACAUCUCAGGUCAAGUAGGCCUAGACCCAGAACCCAAAGAACUUUCUGAGACCACAGAGCUAAGUGAAGCUAACCACUCCCAAGAUGUGCACCAUAUUGCAGAUAUGGGCAUGGGGAGCCCCUCUGAAAUGAAGAUGGAGCCCCUAAGUGUUGUCAUCAUUAAUGACUCUUGGGUGGGUUACACUUCCAACAGUGAGUCUGUGGAGUCUUCAGGCUAAGCUCAGGCAAGAUUUCGGAGUGAACCAUCAUUUUUCCAACACCAUAAAGCCUUACUCAUCACAUUCCUUUGGGACUUGUACAUGCACUGGAAUUUAGUCACUCCUCUUUUUUUCCCUUGUUUCUUGCACCAUGUUUGACUUGCUAUGCUAUGAAAUCUUUUAGGUUGACUUGAUUAUGCAACUUAUUCUCAUUUUGAAUCCUUUUUCUUCACGUAAGUGCCCUAAAUAAUGUACUGCAAUGUUAUGCCUCAGGGUUGUACUGAUGAUGUCAGUUAUGUCGCCAUGAAAUAAAAGGCCAAUCUCUUUUAAGAGAUCUAUCACAAAUGAAUGAAAUGACCGUUUAGCUGUUAAACCUAACUGCAACUACUGUAUUUGAGAGGAGAUAGGAAGGAGUUAAUGUAACCUCAAUUAGCAAACUCAUUACUAAAACAACUUCACAGCUUUUUAGUUUUUUUCUUUUUAAAUAGUGAUACUGUAUGUCGUGCACAACAGUAUGGACCAAUCAUGCAGUCAUGUCAUAUGAUUACAAUCAUAUUGGCAUAUCGUAACAAAGACCCUGUCUAUUAAAAAAGACCCCAUUCUUACCUGGACCAAAUACCCAACUUUGCUAUGCAUAGUAAUAAGGCAUGCUUUAUU